AUGAGAGAUCUGCCCGUCAUCAGCAUUGAAAAUUACACCAUUUACUGCGGCGACGUUGAUGAGAACAAAGUAAGUGGCUGCGCGAAAGUUGUGAGGAACGAUUACAACAACCUCAUGGAGGAAUUUGGAUCAAGAGGACGUGAACUCUGGAUCGCAAGUGCUCACACACCUACGGAAACCGCUGAGGACAACAAUAAGGGCGCCUUCUAUGAUGAACCCAAUGCGUUGAUGUCUAAAAUACCAAGGCAACAGGUGGUCAUUGUCCGAAUCGACGCAAAUGCGAAGAUGGGACUCGAACAGCAAUCCUAUGUGUUAGGAAAAGGGUAUUACCCAGCGAAGCGCACGUCGUACAACAAUGACCAUCUGGUCCACUUAUGCGAACAGACGGGCAUCAUCAUCGCUUGCACGUUUAAGAGGAAUCAUCGACGCCAUCAGCUCACGUGGCAGGGGUCAACCGUUUUAACGCCUGAAAAGCAGCACAUGUGGAACAUGAGGACUCUUCAACUCGACUACGAUCUGACGAAGAACAUUCCUCAGUCAGAUAUCCAAAAAUCUAGGGCUGUUUUUAACGUCUCGUUCGACUCUGACCACCGUCUAGUUCUUCUCAGCUUCAAGAUAUGGUUCUACAAGAGAAACCGAGGAGUUCCUCUUUAA